CACUUGGAAGGCAGAGAGGUUCUUUUAUAAUUUAUAUAGUAGUCUAUCAUGUUCUACGUACACAUAGGAGAACAUUAGAGAUUGAGAUAAUCUUUCUGGGUUUUGAAGAUAAGAGGGAGAUAUAUAGUGUACGUCUUGAGAGAAGGAGAUCUAGAGAGGAUGUUGGAAGGAAAAGCUAUGGUAGAAGACACAGACAUGCCAGUAAAGAUGCAGCUCCAAGCCAUGGCUUCUGCCUCUCAAGCUUUGGAUCUCUUUGAUGUCUUUGACUGCAGAUCCAUUGCUGCCCACAUCAAAAAGGAUUUUGACAAGACACAUGGGUGUGGAUGGCAGUGCGUGGUGGGUUCAAAUUUUGGGUGUUUCUUCACUCAUUCUAAAGGAAGUUUCAUCUACUUUAAAUUGGAAACUCUCAAUUUUCUCAUCUUCAAAGGGGCUGCUUCCUCCUCCUCUCCCUGAUGCCAAGGCAGUGUUUGGUUGUAAAGAAAGUUGGACAGAAAAGGCAGGAGCUGAGGAAAAAGUGCACUACAUUUUCCCAUGUCUUUUUUCUAGAACGUGUGGAUGGUUGAAAAGAAGAAAUAAUAGAAAUAAUAGGGAUAAAAUUAGUAUAGUAUGAACGCGGUCACAUGGGGGACUUUCGGAUUUUCCCGUUGUUGUGCGCCUUCAGCCUUGUAAUAAUCAUAUAUGUACCAUUUUUGUGCAUAGGCUAUAGCUAAUAGCUUAGUUGUCAUGAAGUUUAUCCUCUUUAAAUUA